GCAGCGAAAGGACCGGCCGUCCCCUAGACCCCGGCGCGCGGCCCCUCUUGCUGCUGCUCCUCCUCCUUAAGCCUGGACUCUCCUUCGGCUCCACUUCCCCCUUUCUUCCUCCUUUCCCGGCACAGCGGGGAAAGCCGCGCAGGCGGGCGGGCGAACAAGCGAGCGAGGUAGCGAGCCGUGAGAGGGCGGGCAGCCGGACCCCGGACACGGGAAUAUCCCAGCCAAUCUAAGCCCCGACAUGAGGGAAAAGGGCCGUAGGAAGAAGGGCAGGACCUGGGCGGAGGCCGCCAAGACGGUCCUGGAGAAAUAUCCCAAUACACCCAUGAGCCAUAAAGAAAUCCUUCAAGUCAUACAGAGGGAGGGAUUAAAAGAAAUCAGGAGUGGGACAUCUCCCCUUGCAUGUCUAAAUGCAAUGCUGCACACCAACUCCAGAGGGGAAGAAGGGAUUUUCUAUAAGGUCCCAGGUAGAAUGGGAGUGUAUACGUUAAAGAAAGAUGUUCCAGAUGGCAUAAAAGAGUUAUCUGAAGGUUCGGAAGAGAGCAGUGAUGGCCAGUCAGACUCCCCGAGUUCUGAGAACAGCAGUAGCAGCAGUGACGGUGGAAGCAACAAGGAGGGCAGGAAGAGCAGGUGGAAGAGGAAAGUAUCGUCUAGACUGUCACAGCCAUCUUCCCCCCAGUCAAGCUGUCCAUCUCCCUCCAUCUCAGCUGGUAAAGUCAUCUCUCCAUCCCAGAAGCACAGCAAGAAGGCACUGAAACAGGCUUUAAAGCAGCAACAGCAAAAGAAGCAGCAGCAGCAGCAACAGCAGGAACAAUGUCGAACAAGUAUGCCCAUCUCCUCUAAUCAGCAUCUUCUGCUAAAGUCAGUCAAAGCAGCCAGUGAACCUGUGUCCACUAAACCUGCUGUGUGGGAAGGAAAACAGUCAGAUGGACAAUCAAGCAGUCCUCAGAAUUCAAAUUCUAGCUCCUCUUCUUCAGUUAAAGUUGAAACCCCCCUGCCAGGGUUGGGGAAGAAACCAUUCCAGAGAUCUGACAGGCUUCAUACAAGGCAACUGAAAAGGACUAAAUGUGCUGAAAUUGAUGUUGAAACACCUGAUUCUAUCCUAGUUAAUACCAAUCUGAGAGCUCUAAUCAACAAGCACACAUUUUCAGUCCUUCCUGGGGACUGCCAGCAACGACUUUUGCUUUUGCUUCCAGAGGUGGACCGGCAGGUUGGUGCAGAUGGUUUGAUGAAGCUGAAUGGUUCGGCCCUUAAUAAUGAGUUUUUCACUUCAGCUGCUCAAGGCUGGAAGGAAAGAUUAUCAGAAGGUGAGUUCACACCAGAAAUGCAAGUCAGAAUAAGACAAGAAAUUGAGAAGGAGAAAAAAGUGGAGCCAUGGAAGGAACAAUUCUUUGAGAGCUAUUAUGGGCAGAGUUCUGGGUUGAGCCUUGAAGAGUCCAAGAAGCUGACUAGUGCUACCAGUGACCUAAAAAUGAGGAAACCCCCAACUGAGCAACCAAAAUCCAUACCACCUUCAGAAGAACCUCCUACCAAAACAGUGAUGACGGCUCCUGAAGCAGAGUGUAAACCAGUGCAGGUGCUGUCCCCAGUAAGGAAAGAUUCAGGAGAGAGCAUAGAAGAAGUGUUGCCCAAACCUUCCAAAUCCCCUGAGCCUUUAGUUUCCUCAACUAGCAAUGUCAUUGAGCAGAACAGAACAGGCCUUGUUGCAGGCCCAGAGGAGGAGGACCCCUUAGACCAAAGGAAGCCAGUAACCUCUGUUGAGCCAAAGCCUGAAAAUGAAAAUCAUCUCACUACAGCUACUCCCACCGUAAAGGAAAACAAAGGCACACCUAUUUUGACUCCAACCAAACCAAAGAGCCCAGGAAUUGGAAAACCAAUCAUGAGACCAGUCACAGAAGAAAAUCCUCUGGAGAACACUGUGAAAGAAGCCUCUCCCUCAGAGCACAGUGAUCUGAACCCAGAAGGCCUCAAGAGGAAAUCUUCACUCACCCAAGAAGAGACCCCCAUGAGCUGGGAGAAAAGGCCUCGUGUCCUUGAGAACCACCAGCACCAGCAGUCACUUCAAGCCUCUCAGCAGCCCUUUCUCUUCAGAGGGGAAAGGGUGCAGGUUCGAAAAGUACCACCACUCAAGAUCCCGGUCUCCAGAAUCUCCCACGUGCCAUUUCCUACAGGACAGGUCUCUCCCAGGGUUCGUUUUCCAGCCUCUAUCACUAGUCCCAACAGAACAGGAGCCAGAACCCUUGCAGACAUCAAAGCAAAAGCCCAGCUGGCCAAAGCCCAGAGGGCAGCCGCUGCUGCUGCCGCCGCCGCUGCUGCAGCUGCCUCUGUUGGGGGGACCAUCCCAGGACCUGGCCCAGGAGGGGGAGGAGAAGGAGCAGCAGGAAAAGGAGGGGAUCCAGGAUCAGGUGGAACCAGUGAAACUGGAAAAGGGAACACACUGGAACUGGCAGGAACUGGAAGCAGGGGAGGUACGAGAGAGCUUUUACCCAACGGUCCAGAGACUCAAUCCCAAAUUGAGACCAAGGCCCCAGGCCCGGCAUCACCUCACGGUAUCUCUAGAGCACAACUACAGCAAGCCCCCUCCUUACCAGCCAGAGCUGCAGGCAGUGGAGCAUGUCCAAGGAGCCCCUCCCCAGCCCUCACUAACCCACCCCCACCAACUAUAGAGAAGCUGAAAAUUGAAAACCCAGAUUCCUCUUUGGGGACUGACAGAAUGGUUCCCUGUAGCCCUUCCCAGAUUCCCAAUAACUUCAAACAAGAGAAAGCACCUUCUCCAUCAGCAGGCUCAGCCCUGACCUCAGGGACCCCACCUGCUCAGGUUACAGCAGAAUGCACAGUUGAGCCUAGAGCGAGUUCUAGGAAGGACAUACCAAGUGUUGCAGCUGUAGUAGAGACAAGUCCCAGUGCUUCUUUGGAGGGGGCUCCCUCCUCUUUGACAACUUUACCAAUAGCAGCCACUUUAGAAAAGCCUCUGCCUCCCCAGACCAGUGUUUCUGCAGCACCUACUACUGUAUCAGCUCCAUCCUCUAGCACUUUGCCAACCUCUAGCCUUAAAGCUCCAGGAGCUUCCUCAAAUCCAAGCGGACCCACUGCACGGCCAAGCUCUAGUAUUCCUGCUAAUAACCCUUUGGUCACCCAGCUGCUCCAAGGCAAAGAUGUUCCCUUGGAGCAGAUACUGCCUAAGCCUCUCACCAAAGUAGAAAUGAAAACUGUUCCAUUGGUUGUGAAGGAGGAGAAAGGGACAGGGGCACCCAGGGACACCAGCAUUACAGGAACUAGUGCCAGAGGGGAAGGUAGUGAGAGACAGUCUCAUCUGUCUACACCUCACUUGGAGAAAGUCCAUCAGAGCAAACAGUUGCCCCAGGUCCCAAGGACCCUCCACCUCUUCUCAGGAAAGGACCUGAGGGACUCUAACAUUGAUCAGUAUCCUUGCCAAGAAGGACUCAAUAAGGUAACCCAAGAGCAGCUUUUGCAGACGCUCAUUAAAAGGGUUCAGAGGCAGAACCUGCUGUCAGUCUUGCAGCCCACCCAGUUCAGCCUCACUCACUCAGGUUUCCAAUUAGAAGACAUCUCUACCAGCCAGAGGUUCAUGCUGGGUUUUGCAGGCAGAAGGACAUCCAAGCCUGCCAUGUCAGGCCACUACUUACUCAACAUUUCCACCUAUGGCCGGGGUUCAGAGAGCUUUAAGAGAGCCCAGUCCAUGAAUUCAGAGGAUCGUUUCUGUCUGAAUAGCCCUCCUGAGGCCUUUAAAAUGGAACACCAGGACUACAAAGGGGCUGCAGCAGACGGCAACAGCAGUAAAGAUGAAGACGAGACUGAUGAAGAGAGUACUGAGGAGGAGGAGGAAGAGGACCAGAUCCUGGUGAAAGAGGAGCCCUUAGCUUCCCAGGUUUCUGGCAAGUGUGAAGGAGGCCCAGGAGCCUAUAGCAGAGAUACCCUAUCGACGUAUGACACUCUAACCACCAAGAAUAUGAAAGCUGAGGCACCAGUGGCACGGCACGCCACUGUCAGCAAGGAGAAUUUCCACCUCUUUCCUACAGGUCAAGUAUUUGAUGGAAACACCCUGGCCAGAGAUUUCAUUCAGGCAGCACAAGAACGAAUGGCCCAUGCAAUGAGGGGAAAGAUGAUAAAUAAUAGCCCUGAGCUAUAUGGUACUCUUCCUCUUCCCACAGAUAGCCCCACACAUCAACCUCUGCUCCUUCCCCCAUUGCAGACCCCAAAGCUUUAUGGAAGUCCCCCCGGCCAGCUUGGGCCUAGCUAUAGAGGCAUGAUCAAUGUCUCUACUUCUUCUGACGUGGACCACAGCUCUGCUGUGUCAGGGAUGCCUGACUGUAAUCAGGUGUCUAGCAACAUGGGAGAUGUCAUGUCCUUCUCAGUGACAGUCACCACCAUCCCUGCUAGCCAGGCAAUGAACCCCAGCAGCCAUGGACAGACCCUCCCUGUGCAGGCCUUCCCUGAAGAAAACAGUGUGGAGGACUCACCUUCAAAAUGCUAUUGCAGGUUGAAAGCCAUGAUCAUGUGCAAAGGCUGCGGUGCCUUCUGCCAUGAUGAUUGCAUCGGCCCCUCCAAACUAUGUGUCUCCUGCCUCGUGGUCCGGUGAGAGAUGAUGGAAGAGCAGAAAAUGAGAGACCCUAAAGGAGAAAGAAGGGGGUAGACAAAUAUAGAGAGAGACACAAGUGUGUAUAGGUCCUUCUUUUGGAAUCACAGGAAGAAAUAACUUAAUUUCAAUUGUCUUACUCAAGAUAAAUGUUACAUAAUCAGGAAUACAGAAUACAGUUUUUCAUUUUAAUGGAAGAGCACCUUG